AUGUCUUUUCUAAAAGCUUCAAGCGGCAGUGCCAGUUUGUCAACUUCAAAACAAAGUGAAUAUGAAGGGAAUACAUUUUUUAUAUUUGACCAUACAGUAUUAAAGAGAGAAGAAGAUGAUUUAAAAGAUGCUAUUAUAUAUUACUUUCCUACUAUUGACCCUGAUUCUCAGUGUGCAUUAGUAGGUCAGAUUAUUGGAAUGUCAGAAUUCUUCUAUAAUGCUAUACCUAGAUCACGACCUAAUAUCAUGAAGUUACAUCAUAAUAAAUUUGUUUUAAGACAGAGGGGAGACUACACUUUUAAAUUAGGAACAGAGUUUUUAUCUGGUUUAAAACUAUUAUGGGAUAUAUAUUUACCAUUCUGUGAGAAUGUAGGAGAUGUAGUUGGUCAGAUGUUUCAAAUGCUUCCAACUGUUAAUAUACCAAAGUCCAGUAGCCAGUUGUUUCUACAUGCUUCCCAUAUAUUACAACGUUCAGUAUUAUAUAGCAACGUACUAGCAGGAGCUAUUUUAUACCGUAAUCAAUGUUUAUGUUCUCAACUACCACCAAACCUAACCAAACGUCUUCUACUUCUAAAACCUAGACAAACACAUAUAACAAGAGCUCAAGUCAAAACCAGUUUUGAACUUCCACAAGGUAUUCAGUUAUUGAAAGUUUUCCUCAAAACUGAUGAGUAUGAACAUAUCAGUCCACGAAAAUGCUCAUCUUUGAGAAAGAAACAUUCUGUCAGAGAUUUAAACAUAAUCUCAAAAGAAUCUGUAGGAAUUGAAGGCAUUUCUUUCUUAGAAUGUGAUAGUGGUCAACAAAAAGAUUUGGAGAGAGUAGAGAAUGCCACUGUAGAAACAAAUGAAUCUCAAAAUAUUGAACAAACAGACAAAUCUGGUGGAGGACUAAGAACUGAAUCAGAAGUAAAUAAAGAGUCUGAUUCAUUUCUUACUGCCAGUGAUCAGGAUGACACGAAAGACACUGAAAAACAGGAUCAUUUCAGUUCUCUUCCUUUAUUAAAACAAACUUUAGCAUUUAUUGAGAAAGAUAGCAGUCUGGACUCUAGUCAUGGUGAUGAUUUGAAAGCAGAAGUGAAAUCUAAAGAAAUAAUUUCUGUAACAGAUGCAGACUCUCCUGUCAAUGAAGAUACAAAUAGUGUUAUUUGUCUUUCUCCACAAAAUUUAGACAACAGUCAGAAUUUAGAUCAUUUUUCUGAAAAUGUCAAUUUUUCAUCUCCAGUGAGUAGUCGGAAUUCUGGGACUGAAAAAACAAAAGUAGAUUCUGUGGACACCUGCAUGCCUUCUUCUUCACUGAAGUUGUCUUUUACACCAGAACAAAGUCCAAUAAGACAAGAUGUUUCAUUGGAUACAACAUCUUCUGAGGACUUGUCCAUGGGAGAAAGUUGUGUUGAUCCUCAAGAGGUUAAAAAACAUGCGAAAUUGUUAUUUAAGACACAGCAGAUGGUCACGAAUCAAGACACUGUUCAACAAAGUGACAUAGGACUUGGAAGUAAUACCACUUCACUUCACACCAAACAAAUUGCUGAGGUUGUUUCUAGUGAUAGGAAUAAAAAUAACCCAACAGAUCUUAAAUCUCCUUCCAUAGCAACUGAAGAUUCUGUUGAUGUUGCUGUGGUUUGUUCUUCUAAGUCAGAUAGCAAAACUGUGCAAUUCGAUGGUGAUUCUGGAAUAGUUAAUUCUAUUGAGUUUCAGCAACCAACAGUUGUUAAUAGCUCAGUUGUUCCCACUGCCCUGGAUGUUAUAGCAGAUGAGGAGGAAAAUAAGUUCAUUAAAAGUAGUGGUAGUUCUUUUACAUCAGAUGAAACUCAGAAUACAGAGGCUUUUGGCAUCUCAACAACUGAUUCAUUAGCAUCUUUAGAAUCUAUGUCUAUGUCACCACCUCCUGUAAGGAAAAAAUCUGUCACAUUUUCAAAGACCAAAUCACCUUUGAACACUAGUGAUGGAGCUGAAGAAAACAAAGGCUGGGAUCCAGCAACAGAUGACCUUGCAGAUAUUGUGUUGUAUGCUCAAGGUCACUCUGAUAUGAUGAUGUUAUUGUUUUUCGAGAUUGGAACAAAAUGUGAACAGAAAUUCAUAACAAAUUUGUGGAAGUCAUCAGUUUCACAUCUGGCUGAUUUAGAUUAUGAAGUUAAAGAAUGUUUAUCAAAAGAAAAGCGAGAUAGGAAGACAUCUAAAACUAGUGAGAAUUAUCAGUAUCUCAAAUAUGAUUCUCUAAUGCAGACUAUGUCAGGAAAUACACUAGAACCAAUAUCUAGUGUGGGAUACGAAUUUAUAAAUACAGCCAGUAAAAUACAUGAUAGUUUUCUUUCUUCUAAAACAACAACACAAGUUCUUCUAAGAUCUCACACUUCAGCCUGUUAUGGAUGUCAGGCGGUCUACAAUGAAACAUUCUUUCAAACUAGUCCAACAGCACGAGAACAUGGUGGCUGUCCUUCACCUAAAGAUACAGUGUUUGCUCUAGAUAGUCUAGCUGCUAGUAAAUUAGAAAAACACAACGAAUCAUUAUUAUAGUAAAAUCUUCGUCUUUGAGCCCAAAUUGAAACACUUCCAAAGAUUUUGCCUUCCACUGAAUUCUGCAAGGGUAUUCAUAUCCAUUCCCAAACUGGCAAAUAUUUCCACAGUAUAUAAACAGUGAGCAAUUUGACUUGAACUAGUGCUGUUCUUUACCAGAUUCAAUAUUGAAUUUGUUCCCUUUGUAGUUAUAUGAUAUUUAUUGCUAGCUUGUUAUAAUCAAUAUGAUAUACACAGCCUCAAGCUAUGAUAUAUAUUUCUAUUGUUAACGAUUUAUAAAGCUUAUUUUUUAAUAUUUGUUAAUUUGUUACUCUAUAUAAACUUGUUCAUGUUAAAAAUAAAUCAAACAUUGCC